AUGUCCAUCAUUACACAGACUGACCUGUGGGAACUGUUUGCCAUGGAUACAGUGGAUCAGUCAAACACAACUCAAGUGGAAUAUUCACUCCUUGAAGGUAAAUCUUCCAAUUGCUGCUCAGCUACAGACACAACAAAUCAAGAGAAUCUUUUAAGGCUGGAGGACAGCACAAAGCUGGUUGGAGUUCAGGUGAUUCUUAUCCUUGCUUACAGCACAAUCAUACUGUUUGGAGUCAUCGGAAACUCCUUGGUGAUAUAUGUCAUCUAUAAGUUUAAAUAUCUACGAACCGUUACCAAUUUCUUCAUAGUAAACUUGGCUGUGGCUGACUUGCUCGUGAACAUGCUGUGUUUACCUUUCACCCUCGUCUACACUCUCUAUGGUGAAUGGAAGUUUGGUCGGGUGUUGUGCUUCAUGCUGCCCUGUGCUCAAGGCACGGCUGUGCACGUGUCCACCAUCACCUUGAACAUUAUCGCCCUGGACCGCCACAGGAGCAUCGUCUAUCACAUGGAGACCAAGAUGUCCAAAGACAUGUGCACUGUGGUUAUUGCCAUGACGUGGACAGUGAGCAUCCUGUUGGCCAGCCCGCUCGCCAUAUUCAGGGAGUAUGGCACGUUCGAUCUUUCACCAGACAAGUCUAUUCAGGUGUGUGCAGAGAAGUGGCCGGGAAGCAGCAUGAACGGAACAAUCUACAGUAUAUCAAUGCUUCUGGUUCAAUAUGGCCUACCUCUGGUCAUUAACUCAGUUGCUUACAUCCGCAUCUGGAAUAAACUGAAGAACCACAUGGCUCACGGAGGUCGAAAUGACCGUCACCAGCACAGGAAGAAGACCACUAAGAUGCUGCUGACCGUGGUGGUGGUCUUUGCUGUCAGCUGGUUGCCCUUCCAUGCUUUCCAAUUAGCUGUUGACAUCAACAGCACUGUGCUGUAUAUGAAGGACUUCAAGCUGCUUUUCACCGUGUUCCAUAUUGUGGCGAUGUGCUCGACGUUUGUUAAUCCCAUCCUGUAUGGGUGGAUGAACAACAAUUACAGGUCAGCCUUUUUGUCCGUGUACAGGUCGUUCAAUUUGAGAUCAAGGAGCUCCAAAGGCAGAGACACACAAAAAAAAGAGGACAAGGUAUGCUCAGAUUGCAAAUUAACAAAUGUCUAAGGGCAGGCUCACAUGAAAUAACUAGCAGUGAUGAAGGCCAACUGUUGCAUCACUUCACGCUGCCUUUGU